AUGGAGGAAGCGUCUCGAGCGCGAAAGGAGCGGCUUGCCGCACUAAAAAAACGGAAACUUGAAGCUUCAAACAUAAGAGCAGAUAGUAACGAGGGUGAGUUAAAUGACGAAGGAGGUGAAAAGCAAGAAAUAAAGGAGCAUUCAAAGAUAAAUAUUGCUACAUCCAUGGAUGUAGAUGAAACUGUGGAAAAACAAGUAGAAAAAUUAACUCGGGAAGUUGCAGCGGAAGAAGAAGCCAAAAGGACCGAAGAAGUCGAUUUAUUCAAUUUAGCUCCCAGAAAACCAAACUGGGAUCUAAGACGAGAUGUAGAAAAGAAAUUAGCCAGAUUGGAUAAAAAGACGCAAGUGGCAAUUGCACAAUUAAUUAGGAUGAGACUACAAGGUGAGACCGACGCGAAAACGGAUCUUGCUGAUGCAGUUAAUUCUCAGGAUAAUCAACGUCAGCAGCAAGCUGGUGAUGACUCGGAAGAUGAUGACGAUUCGGGAUAA